AUGACUAGUCCACUUGGCCAGGCCACAGGAGCUGAAAAGCUCAAGAGUGUCACUGAUUUGAUCGACAAACUUGAUGGCGACCUCAAAAAGGUCACACUCCUUCCGUCAGACCGUGAUCUCGCCUUAGAGGAACUCAAGAUCUACAGCAGAGAGCCCGACAAUGCUGAUCCGAUUUUCUCGGAAAAGGGGGUCGUCACGCUCAUGCACCAUGCCUUCUACAGCCCAUCCACCAAGACGGCACGCGAGGCUCUUCGUGUUUUGGUAAACGCCAUGGUUUUAAAACCCGAGACUCGACAGAUUUUUGUCGAUAAGGGCUUUGAUAUAAGGGCUUGCAAAGAUCUCAAGGGCGAGAACUUUGAUGACGAAUUUCUCAACUCCCGCAUUCUUCUCCUUUCAACUUACGACACAACAAUCGACAUUGAGGAGCUCAUUACCAAGCACCGCCUGGCGGAAUACAUUGUCGAAAAACUCAAUCAGCAUGCCAAGGAUCUAUCCAAAAAGGCCGUCGACAUACUCAGUCGCCAUGCCAAGGACCUAUCGAGCAAACCCAAGUCCAAGUCCCGUUCCAAGUCCAAAGCUGAUCCCAUGCAGGACAUAGCGCUCAGCGAGACUUCGAAGCUCUUGUAUGUCGUUUCGCACAACUGCCCUGAUCGCGUCUCAGAUUUGAGUGCCGCAGUACCUCAUCUCGUAUUCAUCUUGUUAAAGCAUCCAGACCCGGAGCCCAAACCCCUUGAUGGCCCCUUCAAGGCGCUUAUCAGUGCCUUUACCAAUCUCGAUUUUGAAACCGAAAUGAACAAGGCAGCCCUCUACCCAAAAGGCGACACAUUCAAGGUUGUGGACAGGCUGAUCAACAUUCUUGAACGUGUGGUAAGGGCGUAUGCGGAAACGGAGUUGGAUGAAUUUGCGUCACCCUCCGCCAAGGUCAUACGAAAGGUCUACAUCAGUGCCCCAGACUUGGUCAAGAAACACAUGCGCGGUUUAAUCAUGCCCACAGUUGAGGACCGCGUAGACGAGUUGGGCACGAGAGAUACCUUGCCCGGCAAGUUACUCAAACACCUGACCAGCCGUAAAUGCCCAGUGUUUCGGGUCGAUAUUUCUGACCUUUUCCUCGAAAUGUCGGAUAGGGAUGCCAACAAAUACGUGGAGAAUGUUGGAUAUGGCUUCGCAGGAGGCUUGUUUUUGCAGGAAAGCAUGCCCAUUCCUGCUUCUGCUACAGAGGCGUUCAGCGGUAGUACUGGUAGCUCGCAGGAACCACGGGUGCUGACACAAGAGGAGAAGGAUCGGCAAACCGAGCAACUAUUUGAGCUUUUUGAUCGGUUGAACCCAUCGAGCCUCACAGACGUCCAAGAGGACCCCGAAGAGACUGCCACAACAGAGAGUCAGCCCCCGGAAACCAAGGACUAUGCGGUAGAUAAGGGUGAAGAAUGA